AUGUCGCUCCACAUUCUCCUCCCGCGCGCAACCCACUCAGAGGACACGCCAUACGGCUACGUGCCCACGCUGACCACCACUGUGCCCUUCAUUGCCGUCUUUGGCGUGCUGACGGCGCUUCACCUUGGUCUGGGGGUCCGCUACCGGUACUGGUCGGCGCUGGGCACCAUGGUAGCUGGCGGAUUGCUCGAAGUUAUCGGCUGGGCGGGACGCGUGUGGUCUAGCCAGAAUCCCACGCUCUUUGACCCCUUCAUCAUGCAGACUACCCUCAUCAUCGGGCCCGUCUUCUUCUCGGCAUGGGACUACACCAUGCUCGGCGCGUGCAUCGCGCGCAUGGGCCCGCAGUACGCCGUCCUCGGACCAAAGUGGUACCUGGUCGUGUUCAUCAUCGCGGACAUCGUGUCGCUCGUGCUGCAGGCGAUCGGGGGCGGCGGCGCGUCCGUCGCGGCGCAGGAUGGCAAAGACACGGCCAGCAGCACGCACAUCAUGGUCGCAGGCAUCCUCUUCCAGCUGUGCGCCACCGCCAUCUUCGCCGUCCUCGCCGCAGACUUCAUGUACCGCGUCGUCUUCAACAAGCCGUACGCCUUCCGCGAGCGGCAGAUCGCCAAGGCGCACUCGGCCGCGCUGGCCAAGGCCGCGCGCGAGGCGAGCGAGGCCGCCGGCGCAGGCAGCGACAGCGUCACGCUUAUUGAGCGCACGCCGGGCGGCUCCAUCCUCUCCGCCGACCCCAAGGCCGGCGUCAACGUCGAGCAGCCCGAGAUUGAUCGCGCAAGCCUCCGCGGCACGCAGCUCCUCCUCGCCGGCGUCGCGUUCGCGACCCUCAUGAUCGUCAUCCGAGGCAUCUACCGCUCCAUCGAGCUCCUGCAAGGCUGGAGCGGCUACAUCAUCACGCACGAGCCAUACUUUAUCUGGCUCGACGGCCUCCCCAUGUACGCGCCGCGCCCGCCGUACGGGUACAAGCCGUCGCUCGACUCGACGGUCGUCUUCACGACCGCGUUCGCCAUCCUCACCCUCAUCCACCUGUUCAUCGCCUUCCGCCACCGCUACUGGGGCGGCCUGAUCGCCAUCACCAUGGUGGCGGGGGGCACGCUCGAGGUCAUUGGCUGGUCGGCGCGCCUGUGGUCCCACUUCAACGUGCUCCUGUGGACGCCGUUCAUCAUGCAGACGACCCUCAUCCUCGGCCCAGUCUUCUUCUCGGCGUGGGACUAUGCAAUGCUCGCCGCGUGCAUCACGCGCUUUGGCUCAAAGUACUCGCUCCUCGGGCCAAAGUGGUACUUGAUCGUCUUCAUCAUCGCCGACGCCGUGUCCCUCAUCCUGCAGGCUGUGGGCGGCGGCGGCGCGGCCAAGAACGCAAAGAUGAGGCAGAGCACGACGACCAACACGCACAUCAUGCUCUCGGGCAUCCUGUUCCAGCUCGCAGCCACGACCAUCUUCGUCGGCCUCGCGAUCGACUUCAUGGUGCGCGUGGUCUGGGACCGGCCGUACGCGUUCAAGGUGCGCAAGGAGGCGCUGGCGGGCGGCGCCAGCGAGGGCCACAGCCUGGGCUACACGACCCACUCGCGUAACUACUCUGCCAGCUCGUACUCGCACGGCGCGAGCUCGCACGGGCACGGGUACAACCACUACGCCGAGUACGAGACCAAGGAGGGCAGCAGCGUGUCCCUCAAGGCCAAGAACGACCCGUGGCUCGGCCGUUCGCAGCUCUUGUUGCUCGGCAUCGGGUUCGCGACCCUCAUGAUCUACAUCCGUGGCAUUUACCGUACUAUCGAGCUCGCGCAGGGCUGGGAGGGGUACCUCAUCACUCACGAGGCAAGUCGAGCCGCCACGCCCCAGGCACCCGCUAACCACGCCCACCCACAGGUCUACUUUAUCUGGCUUGACGGCUUCAUCAUGGCCCUGUGUAUGAUGGGCCUCGCCAUCGCGCACCCCGGCUGGCUGCUCCCCAAGGCGUCGGGCAGCCUCCUCCGCGGCGGCGGGCAGGGCAUUGUUGGGAGCAGCUCGACGACGAGGCUGACCACGCCAUGA